UUGGGAUUGAUUACUUGCACCACUGGUAGAUGUAAAGUUUAUCUGUGUGGUUUGGCUUUUGAGUAGUAAUAUACUCUUAGGUUCAAUCUCUGUUCUUUCAUUUCCGAUAUCUUAGCAGUAGAUUACCCUGUACGUUUGCUGUACUUUUAGUGCGGAGGAUCUUUGUUAAGAAAUGGACCAAGGGGCCGGAGAGGUCGCCACCCAUUGAACACAAAAGUGUAGGCGUCUUAGCCUCUCAAACCUGAAAUUCACGUUAGGUAUGACUUUCAGGACAGGCUCCAGGUCAAGCUGUGGUAAAACACGAUGGGCUACCAUUUACUGCUGUUGGUAAUUCAAGCUGUGAUUCCCUGGUACAAUUCCUCGAUUCAAAGCUCCUAACAAUCAAGCCAAACUAUUCGACAUAGAACGAAUGGCAGAUCAGCGAACGAGACAUGCAGAGAAAAGAGAUGGAGGUGUUAGGAAUGAUCGUCGAGUGAAUACUGACCCAAGGACUCGAACUCAUGGUAAACAAUUCUUCGGAAAAGGUCGUGUUUUUAGCACUUCAUCCGAAGACGGAAGUGGACUGUCAAGUCAAACCUUUCUUGUUAUACGAGAAGCUCAGGAAAGCCCAGAUGAUAACGGAACUCAUUGUACCUGUCUCUCUGUUUCACCGUUGAGAAAAGACUUGGAUUUUUCAGAAUGUGGAGUUCUCCAUGCCAACUCUACCUCGCCUCCAUCUAUCAAGGGAGUCAAAUUCAAACCACUCCAAGUCGUUGUUUCGAGGGGUGUCAGAUUUGAUGCGCCAAUGCUGGUCAAUUAUAUUAAAAUGUUUAAUGUGGAUACUAAUUCCCAAGUGAACGAUAUUGGAAAAUUGCGACCGGAAUCAUUGCAGGAUUCUAUGGAUAAUUUUAAAGAAUCUUUGUUCGAUUCGCCGCCAAUGGAUAAAGAUGGGAGAAAUAAUAAACAGGGGAGAAGAAAGGGUAAGAGUGAGGAAAUGAGUAACAAACCACCGCAUGGACAUCGAGAUCAAAGCAAACCACAUUCCAAGGGACAGAUAGCACCUAAUACACGCUCUGGAGCUACAAAUGCAUCAGGUUCUGGUUCUGGCACCGUAUCUAAUGGAGCAGGGACGGAAAAUACAAAUAAAAGGCCUAAACUACGUAAUCUCGAAGUACCGCAACAUACGAAAAGACAAAAGCCAAAAGGACCAUCUUCUUAUGAUUCAGAUGGAUGGGAAGACGGUUUAAAUUCACCAACAAGAACAAGGGCUGCGGAAAACAAGAAACUACAGGAUACUAGGAAUCAUCAACGCAAGCCGGCUCUUCCUCCAGUAGAUCAAAUUCGUGGCACAAAGGAUCGUCAUGGAAAAGAAAUGCCAGCAAAGCGAGCAGAAGAAGAAGUUCUUAAGGGUCCUUCACAUGCAGAUAUGCCACGUAGUAGAGGAGACGAAAGGACAGGUAGACCAGCGAUAACGUCGCAACCACAUUCGCCUACUAAGCGGAAUCUUAAUCAUCGCCGGGAUGGCGAGGGUGUUCACAAACCUUCUGGAGUUCCUGGUUCUACUCACCUUCCCGUUGAUGAUGGCUCUGAUAGAGGCAGACAGCGGGAGAAAAAUCCAGGAGCUUCAAGGAAUAUGGUACCAUCACGAAGGGAGGAUGCUCUGAGGAAGAAAAAUGAUCAUUUACGGAAAGAUGAUGGCCAAACUGCGAACUCUGGAUCUCAUCCUCAAUCCACUGAUACAGCAGUUCAUGAUGGAAAACAAGGUUAUGGAUCGGAAAGAGAAGAUAGUGACGGAGUAGAUGGGAGACGUGGUCACAAAGCAAGAGCUCCAUCAUCUGAUACCAGACGUGACCUCCUACCUCCAACAAGACGAAGAGACAUACCACAGAAUGGAACUUCUUUAAAUGGAGCUCCUUCUGAUGGGAACCGUGAUAAGACAGAAAAUAUCAAAAAUGAGCAUCCCAUACCUGGCAACGACAAUAUCGGACGACCAUCAGAUAUUAGAGCAAAACCCGAUCCCCGUUCCAUGGCUACCGAAACAAGCCUGCCUAACAAAGCUCGACCUGACGAAAUACCUGGACGUCACAGGAAAGGAAAUCCAACAACUAGUAGUGGGAAACCUGGACAAGCACCUAAUCACAGAUCUCAGAUGACCAAUAAUCCCGCGGCAUCCAGUCCACGUGGGCGUGAAAACACAAAGUCUGAUACAGGUGAUCCCCAGCCAAUGCGAUCUUUGGGAAACAAUGCUCCUUAUCGAGAAGAACCUGGAAGAUCUAAUGAUAAUGAGCAGCGUUCGGUUUCUCCUAGAGAUUUUGCACAACAGGGUGGUUCUUCGAGAUUAUCGGGGGGUGGUACUGGUGGAGGUGUAGCUUCAAGGUCGCCUCCGCACCUACCUUCUCGAGGUGGAGGAUUACCGCCUGGUAGGGGUCCACCGUCAAGUGGGAGGGGGCCAUCACCAAAUGAGAGAGAAACAUCUGGUAGGGAUGCUUCUCCUGGUAGAAAUCCGCCGCCGCUGGAUACUCCUGGAUCCAGAUCUCCGGGCGGUGAUUAUUCACCCACGGGUAGUUUAUCACCUAUGAGAGAGGAAUCUCCGGUUGGUGGAUCACGUGGUUCAUCGUCGGCUAUGCCAGAUGAUCAUGACUCACCUCGUGGUUCAUCAGGUAGUCUGUCACCGGGUAAUUCAAUGGCUGGUAAUUCACCAGGUGGCUCACUAGGAGGAUUUCCCGAAGGGCCACCUAAUGAAUCUAAAGAUAGCCUCCAAGAUUCCCCAUUGGGCUCUGAGAUGGGAUCUCCAAUAGAUUCACCUGUAGAUUCUAUGGCAGGUGGAUCCCCUCUUGAUUCAACCCAGGAACAAUCUCCAAUAGAAGAUUCUUCAUAUCGCUCACCAAUGGGUAGCGAACCGCCAAGUCCUUCAAUGACAGAAAGAUCACGAUCUUUAAGUCCUCCACCUCGCGGAAGAUCUCAACCUGGAGAAUUUUCGCCAGGGUCAGCGUCUCCUCGGAAUCCUAGUCCUGGAGGUGAACCCGGACAAGAUACAGGAGGUGUCAGAAGACGAGGGCCAAAAAGCGAGUCGGGAGCGCAGAUCAAUGAAGAACAAUCAUCUAAUCAAGAAGUUGAUAAUGGGGAACCUUAUUUAAAUGAUGAUGGAUGUUGUGGUAAUGGUUUCUUUGCCUGGUGUAAAAGUGUUUUGGAUUGGUUUAAUGGGGUUGGUCAGGAAGAGUGGAUUCAAAUGGAUGAUCAGAAGGAUAAGGGGGAAAGUCGGGAGAAUUCUGAGGCGAGUCAUGGGCCGGAUAAUGAGGAUUCGUGUUCGGUUGCUGGUGGUUUGGAUAUGGGGAGUUCUUUAUCGGGGAAGAAUCCGUUUGGCGAUGGAGAGGAUGAUGAUGAGAGUACUGUGGUUGAUGAUGAUGGGGGAGAUGGUGGUGAUGAUUUGAAUGGUGAUAGUGAUAGUGAUGAUGGGAAUGGCUCUGAUCAAGAAGAUUCCGAUGAUGAUACUUAUUCGGAUUCCGAUGUAGAAUCAAAUGAUGAAAUUGAAGAUGAAGGAGAAUCCGGGGAUUCUUCAGCCGCAAGCUCGAGGCGCUCAUCCACAGCCGUAGCUUCAGAGCUCGAGCUUGAUCAUCAAGAUUCUGUUCGUCAAUCUUCUGAUGAUAAUCAAACUGAAAAUACACCACAAAGUAACUAUCCUACACAUAAUCAACAUAUACAAACACCACAAGAUACCUAUAGUUAUGCGCCUAACGACGAUCGCUCAUACAUGGGUCAACACAACUACCCAUUUCAAAAUACUUACACCACAAAUCCAAACACUAACAACAUUGACAUCCCACCCCAAGAACUAGAAACCGCCUACCCAACCACGCACUUCCCCAAAACCAGCACAAACCCCUCCCCCCAAAUUCCCCCAAACACAGCCGAACUAGCAACAGACAACAACGACCCACAUCCGCCACCCUAUACACACAUCCCCUCCACCCCACAUCAAUUAUCCCGACCACGCUCCACGCGCUUCGAGCUCGCUUCUGAGCGCGACCCCGUUGAACUAGAUGUUCCAUCUAUUGUUCCCGCAAUGGUAACUACACGCGGAAAAUCCGAACUUUUUCUUCCGCCUUCGUUGACUCCUGGUUUGGUUACUCCUAAUUAUGGCGCUUUUUCGUCUUUUUCCGCGAGGACGCCGCGGGGUUUAGAUCCCUAUUAUGUGAAUUCUUCUCCUCCACUGCCACGUUCGGGGAGUGGAACUGGAACUUCGUCUCAGAAUCAAGAUAGGGUUACACCUUAUCAUUAUCAGCCGCAAAUGCAAAUGCAGCCGGCGUUAAGAGAACCGAUGAAUUAUCCGUCUUCGCAGAUGGUUCCGGUAGAUGGUUCAGCGCUUGUACAUUUUUAUCCUCGUGCUCCGAAAUAUGAUGAGAGGAAUAUAAAUGCCGAGAGUGGUGAGAGUGAGAGCGAGAGUGAUGAUGACAGCGAUGAAGACAGCGAUCUUGAUAGUGGAUUUGGAACGUAUGAUGAUGAUUUAGUUGGGAGACGGGAUGAAUUUGAUUCGGCUCAUUAUGGUGGACCUGCCUGUUCGAGUGGUCUGGGUUCUUUACCCGGGAGUGUUGAUGUAUCUGCUUCUACUCAUAGUCAUACUCAUACUUCUGCUUCUGCUGGUGUUCCUGUGAGAGAUGGAUAUUAUGGUAAGGAUAAUACUCCAAAUGUAAAUGCAAAUGCAUAUAAUGGAUAUACUGAGUAUAAUCACACACCUCCACCUCUCAAACAAUACAGAAGACCUCCACAUCCCGGAUUUUUGUCUUCAGCUUCUUCGGCUUCUCCAGCUCCUUCGCAUUCGAUAUAUAAUACGUAUCAUGGACAGAGAGGAAUGGAAAUGCCGGAUAAGUCGGGUGUAGAACAGGUUGCGGGAUCUAGAUCUAAGCGAGAGGGAUAUGGAAAAAAUGUAAGAUUGCCUCGUUUGGACGGGAAAGCUGGGGAAGAUACUAGGGGAGUUUGGAAAGGAGAUGGAGAAGAGAGAAGGGAAAGAGGAGGAAAGGGGAGAAUUGAAAAGAUAGAUUCAUUGUAGAUCUGUCACCUUGGAUGAUCCCAUGAUGGUGGGAAGGGGAUCUGAUUUCGGGAGGGUUGAGGGGAGGUGGACAGAGAGGGGAACAUAUGCCAGGAGGGUGAGAGUGA